AUGGCGGCGGCCGCAAAUUUAGAAAAAUUCACCAAAUUUCUCCCUAAAAUAGAACUACAUGCUCAUAUCAAUGGGUCGAUCAGUGUGGCUACAAUGGAGAAACUCCUCAAAAGAAAGGUUGUCUCAGUCGACUGUGACUUGACCAAUUUCAAGAAAACUGAGAGAAGAACUCUUGAUGAUUGCUUUGUGAUGUUGAAGUUAAUACAUACGAUUACAACUGAUGCUGAAGCUGCAUAUUUGAUAACUUGUGAUAUCAUCCAUGAAUUUGCUGAGGACAAUGUGAAGUAUUUGGAGCUGCGGAGUACCCCUCGAGACAUUGAGGAAUCCGGCCUGACUAAGAGGGCAUAUAUUGAAUCUGUAUUGAAGGCGAUCAAAGACUGUGAGAGUGAAGGCGUGGAUUGUAUUGUGCGGUUGUUGUUAUCCAUCGACAGAAGAAAAGGCACCGAAGAAGCUUUGAAAGUUGUGAAUCUUGCUGCGGAAUACCGAGACAAGAGUGGUGGUUUGAUUGUAGGCAUUGACCUCAGUGGUGACCCCAAGGUCGGAGAUGCCAGGGACUAUAUACCAGUGUUGAAGGAGGCUCAGAAUCAAGGUCUUAAACUUGCUUUACAUCUGGCGGAGUGCUUCAACCUCAAUGAUGAAACAACAGCCAUCCUGGAUCUUGUCCCAGAGCGCAUUGGACACGGGACGUUUCUGAGACCAGAGGAUGGUGGCUCUCAGGAGAUUGUCGAUCAAAUGGUCAAGCAUCAUAUACCUCUAGAGCUUUGUCUGACAUCUAACAUCAUAGCACAGACAGUGAAGACAUUUGACAUUCAUCACUUCAAGCGUUGGUAUGAGAUUGGACACCCUUGUAUAAUUUGUACGGAUGACAAGGGUGUCUUCUCCACAUCUCUCUCUCAAGAAUACAGGAUUGCUGCAGAAACGUUCGAUCUCAAGGAGGACAAUCUAUGGGACUUAUCAUUACGAAGCAUAGACUUUAUAUUUGAAGAUGACAAAAUAAAAAAUGGUUUACGGAGGAAAUUCAAGGAGAUUAGAGACUUGUGCUGUUCAUCUAAGAAGUAACAGUUCUUUCU